AUGAGCGACCCUUAUUUGAGUUUACCUCAGAGCGCAAGAAAUCACUCGUUUGCCGAUAUUUCCCAAAGCAAGGAUGGAUUGAUUGAGAGGGGAAAAUGGAAACCUGUUGCUCCAUCCAUGCGUGCUCGUGGCAUGGAUUCUUACUGCGAUGUAGGGGAUGCCCAAUCCAUUACAAGCCAGAGUUAUGCCUCGAAAUUUCCCACUCUUACUCAACAUGACUCAAAUAGUCACUUUACAACUGGUCUCGCGAAGACCCCAGCUACCCAAUCCCAAUGUCCAGAAGGAUAUUGGGAAGGGACUUCGAACCAUUCCUCAGUUGCUCCGGAGUUUUGGUCCGGUGCGACUUCCGGAGCAACACUUCCUCCCGGCCUGCGAAGAGCUGAAUGGACCCAAGGUGGAUACAAUUUUGACAAUGCCUCGCCCAUGCCAUUAGGGAUUGAUAACAAUUUUGUUCCCUUGGAUGAUUCGAUAAGUGGUUUAGGGGUUAGCUGCUCCAGCCGUAGAAAAUACAUAGGGCGUCUAGCAGAGUCUGGUUAUCCACCAGAUCUGCCGAGGUCGGCUAUGUCACUCCCAUAUAAUGGGUUGUCUGCUGGUCGUCGUGAGUAUGGUAUACCUGAGCGCCAUAGAAUCACAGAUGCCGCUCUCGCAAGACACAAUUCUCAGCUUGUUUCUGGCUUGGUUGAGCAACAGGGCACUCGAAUGCUCAACGAUGGAUGUCAAGAUUUACAUGGCUCGCAUAUUUCGCGUGAAUUUGUGGAUAAAAGGAGACCCCAGCAAACUGCUAGUUCGAAUGAGUUCACGAGGCACAUACGUGAAACACCGAAGCAGAAGAGUUGCUGGCAGUGUCGGUUUAAACAUGAACGGUGUACCGGAGGAACGCCUUGUGAUAGCUGCCAAUCCAUACUCGAAGGCAAAGGACCGUAUCGCUUUACACCUGGUUGUUUUAGAAAUCAAUUGGAAGAUUUUACUUCACCAUUUUUCCCAGCCACAUUGCGACAACAAUUAUCUUGUAAUUGGCCAUAUUAUUAUGAAAAUGAGUUUCGGAAUGGAUUACCUGCGACGUUCAUUAUCCAGCUUAGUGUUGGGUUUGGCGAACCUAUUGAUGCUCUUGCGAGAAUGUUUGAUGACCAGGGGGAUUUGAUUGGAAGAUCCCAGAGAAUUGCAAUAAGCAAGGAAAAGUCAAGCGUCGUUUCUGAAGAUGUCCUCCCCAUUCUACCGGCAGGCAAUUUAAAAGAUUUGGUUAAGAAUAUUAGAUCUUGGAUUGACCGGGGGGUCCGAAGACCGGAUUUCUUUUUUUCGUGGGUUAAUACUACGGGCAUGAACGAGAUUCACGGUGAUGCGGGCUGUGGGAUACUGCGCGCGAUUUACCACUAUUUGACUGAGUGCGGAACUCACUUAAGUCCAUCCGCCAUGUCAGAGACAUCCGCGAAGAGAGCUGAACCUAGAACUGACCCUAACGUUACACUGCUAGAUGCUAUGAAGACGGCUAUCCUGAGGACUAUACUUUCGACUUGCAUAAAGAUCACGUCGACAGGCCUCAAAAUCCUUCAGGAAGUAUUUCAAAUGAAACCUGCCGAAUUGUCUCGAAAGUGGAUGAUACCGCCUCUGAUGAACAAAGCGUUUAAGUGUGCGGUUUUUCAAACCUCGGUUAUCUACAACAAGCGUGCGCUUAUUGGACUUGACAGGCUGCUGAAUCAAAAAGACAUACCGGAAGGCCACGUUGGCUCUAUUGUUACUCUCCUUGCUUCUGCAAUGAAUUCAACCCAGCUUUCACUAGUUGACCUUUGUCGUAUAACAAAGGGAACUGAAGAGCCUGUUACGUAUGAGCAGGUGAAGCCUGAAAUCUUGGAGCUGGAAGACGUAUUCUCUAAAUUGUGUUGUCUUUUCCAUCGAAAGUACAAAAUCGAAACUAUCAAGUCAGAACGACGAUAUAGAAGGCUGGACAAGAAGACGAAGGAUUUGGUGGAUAGGCUCUCAAACGCCAUUCCUGCUUUAAGGACGAGUACACGUCAUAUCCGCGAUCUCAAGUUUGAAAACAUGGAAUAUAUCCACGACUUCCCCCCCGGACACAGUGUAGAUAAAAUUGCUACUUACUUCAACACUGACCGUCUUUUUUGUGCAUUGUGGGCUCCCAUGUUGACUGGGAACACCCGCAAGCGUAAGUGGCAGCGUGAAGGGGAUUUGGGUAUACAGACCAAUUAACAAAAACAACUGUGGUGUAUGAUUCCGACUGUCCUCAACGUUUCCCUUUAAAUUCAGGGAGUUACGUGCGGGUUCCAAUUUUUUAAUUGGCUGCACAUAACUACUUACAUAACUACUUGUUGAUUUGGAGGAUUAGCAGAAGGGAUUCCUCUCCUGCAUUUCUAUUCUCUAUAAUUGUUGUUCUUUGAAGGUGGAUUGAAUCAUUUCUGCCCACCCUGCUCAAGCUUUGAUGCUGUUCUCCUCUUUUUCCAUGCUGUUUGAUUAUCACAUUUUGAUUUUGCGAAGAUUGUCUAAUGAAUGAUUCGCCUCUCUAACUUUUUUGUUGCUGGGAUAACAUUAAUUUGUAAUUUAGGCUCGGUCCGUCUGCUGUUCAGAGCGUCUAGAAUGCUGUACGUCAAUCUAUUACAAAGC